AUGCGAGGUCAAUCAGAGCUGGGUAACGGAAUGCUCUGCGCAGCGGACAAAAUCGCUGAUUCUCCGGGGACGGUGAAGGCAACGAUUGAGGUGGAUAUUCGCCACGUGAAAUUUCAUGGAGACUGGCGCGGGUUCGUACGUCUCCAGGCAAAUUUUCUGGUUUAUCAUGGACGAGAAACUGGCAUGGAUGUUCAGCUGAACAAAAUAUCAGUGAGCUCGAAUGUUUCGGAAGAUGUUCCAAAUAUCGAUGAUGCUGUAGUAGCUGCUCUUUCCCGUGGAUUCCAGAUAAACUCGACAGGGUCAAGCUCACGUCAGCUUACUCAGCAGGACAAUAUGAACACGAGUCAAUUAUCGCUUGAUAAGUCCAACACCUACAGCUCUGGAUACAGCUCGGCAAGAUACUCGCAGAAUGAAGUUUCGGGUGUGAAUUCAAGAAGGUUGAUUUCCGAAGAAGAAUCUGGACGAGAAUCAAGAGCAAGCAGAUUCAGUGUACGAGACGACGAGCAAACAAAAUCAAACCGUGAGCGAAAAAUCUCCAGAGAAAGUCGCCAUUCUGUCAAAAUUCAAGAGCGAAAUGACGCUGCUCUUUCAUCACAACCUCCAAAACCCAGUCGUGCUUCGAGAAACUCAACGAAUUCCUCGAGAACUCCGAAGAGCUCAAGGUCGUCGAGGUCGUCGCACGGCGCGUCUAGCAGACGAAAAGCGGUGGAGACUGUGAAGAUUUGUCCGGUCAGAAUCGAGCUGUAUCACGAGUGGGACAACAUCAAACCCCGUCUGAACGUAACCUACGGCUCGAAAACUGUCGCCUUCGACGGCAUCCAAAGUGAACAUGGCGAUGAAAUCUUCGAUUUCGACACUUCGUCGCCUCUCAUUGCGGAUUUCAAAAAUGACGACGUCGUUGAUUUGAGUCUUACUGUAAGAGAUCAGGGAAAAUGGCUGUCUAUUGGCAAAGGAACUGUGGACCUAGAAAACGUCCGGGACAACUCAAUAACGCUAGAAUUGUCGGACCCAGAAGAGACUAUUUGUGAGCUGACUUUGAAGGUCAAACGAUCCAAACCAAAGUCGGAAGUAAUUUUCGACGACCGGGUCCAAUUCAGCCCGUCCCGCCGGACCGACAUUUACCCAGAAUCCCAGGCCAACUCGACCAUCAGAACUUCCAUGGCAAUGACAGAAUCGAGCAUGGACGGCGUCGAAACUGACCAAAACACGCUAGAAACCUCCCACAACGAUCACGAUUCCUGGAUCGAUCAAAAUCUCGUUGAUGAAGUCUGUCGAGUACAUAAGCUUCCCUCCGACCGACAAAACGAUACUUCAACGCCUAUUCCUUCCCCACUCGCCCGAGGCGAUGAUCUCCGGUCAACACUCCCUAUCGCCCAAAACUACGGAAGCGACAAUCGACCGCGAAAAAUGUCCCUCCAGGAUGUCCCAAAGCAGCAAAAUCCCGUAAGCCGUAGAAAAUCAGAUCUUGAUUUGCUGCAAAUUCCGACAGAAAAUAGCAACAGAUUUCCAGCAUCUCCGAAAACGGGAAAGUCGGGUUUGAAGAAGUUCUUUGGAAAGUUCAAGAGGUCACGACCUGGCUCUAGAAAUCGCAGUGAAGUGACUACACCGACAAUUCCACGAAAAUAG